AUGACAGACACUGCGCCGAAGCCAUCACUAGCCUCGAAGGAGGAAAGUGAAGAGACACCAAGUGAGUCAGUCGCCCUUAGCUUGAAUACCAAGCCGGAGGAACCGGAGCCAAGAGUUGAGGUGAGCCCUGAGACCUUCCGCGAGGUGGCAUACGCAGUCCUGGUGGACGAGUUGAAGAAAUGGGGCUCUCCGGCCCAAUAUCUUCAAAAGACUUACCCGACUCCGGAGUCGCAGCUUGAAUUCAAAGAGCUGUUGCUGGAACACUUUCCCAAGAGCCCGGGAAUUGAUUACCACAGCAGCUCCGAGCUACCAAGCAACAUGACCGAUCUUAUGGCGCUUCAUUUGUCAGAUUUGGGAUUCUUUGCCCGCUCCAGCACCAAACCUGCGCCGUUCCUCCACACCAGCAUCAGUCUUCUGGAUGAGUACUUGACCAAUUCAUUCUUGACUGAGCAGGACCCGGUUCUCCUUGCCCAAGGUCCUAGCACCAGCCCCACACCCGACCCGUUCUGGUCCAUAUACGUGAAGGGUGCCGCUCGAAGUUGCACUGCGCUGUUCCUGGCCGCGCAGUGCAUCAAGCGUGGGUGGAAGUUGGCCGUGCUGCGGCCAAACCUGCAGCAGUCGCUGCUGGUGGUUCACGCACGGCGCGGGUUCAUGCCAACUGACAGAGAGGCUGUAGCUUUGGAGAACGCGCGGCUCUCAUCCCGGGGCGCCAUCAGGAAGAGCCACUGUGUGCUGACAUGGCUGGGCAAGCUGUCGCUGCUACGGGAGCAAGGCCUUUCAGCUGAGAACACUCUGAAAGUUUGGAAUCAGAGCUGCACCAAGGAGUCUGCCUUGACAGGCAGCCGAAGAGUUGCGUUGCUGCAGCUGCUGGGCAUGCCCAAGGCAGCUGCGGACCUUCUCUUGGAACAUGUGUCACUGUUUGGUGACCGGACAGCAUUCAUGGAAGAUGCAUUUGCCAGCAAACGCUUGGGAGUGGGGGCCAUGCCCCGGUCAGGAUCCAAAGCCUGGAACAUGCGGCUCCAGGUGACCGAGGCCGGGCAAAUGCUUUUCCUCCGGUACAUUCACAGCCAGCACCUCAAACGGCUUCCGGGAACCCGGGCGAAGAGAAGCAAAGAUGAUCUCGAGGAGGCCAUCUCGAUGGCGCAGCUUCUGGUCUCGCUGACGGACGACCUGACAGCGCAGAUGCCCAUCGCAUCGGUUGAUGCCCAGGUCUUCGAGCGGUUUGUCGAAGGUGACACGAACCUGGACUUGGAGCUUCAGUCCGCAUUGUCGGAGAAGCGGGCAGAUUUUGAUCAUGGAGACAUCACAAUCUUCCGUGAGCUGGUCAAUGAGCACGCCACCAGCACUGACCGAAAGAGACAGGCCCUGGGCAUGCCGACCAGCAGCAUUGCAGCCGCCCAGCUGGAGCGCCAGGAGUUUGACAUUGCCAUGUCCACUCUGAAGCGGGACUGCGAUGCUUACAGGAUUUGGCUCACACAGAGCCGCGACCGGGAGGCAGCGGCGUAUUUCGCAGAGCUCCAGCACCAGAAGCAGCGCAAGCAGAAGGCCAAAGACAUUGCGAAGGAGAUGGGUCAGCCAUCCUCGGCUUUGUGGACCAUGCAGCUGACAAAGCUGGGCAAGCCCGCGGCUUGCUACCAGGAGAUUGAGGGCGCGAUCAAGAACAUCAUGAAGCGCGAGCAGUUCACGUCGAAGGAUCAGGUGCUCAGCCUGGUGGUCCUCAACUGGGCGGCGCCCAGCACAUUCAGCUCGGAGCAGCAGGCCUGCCAGGCAUCUUUGGCAGGCGCCCUGGUGAACGACGGCAGCGGCAUCGGCGCAGUGCUGACGCCGGUGUACUUCCACAAGAAGGGCGCGCUCUUCAAGGUGGAAGAGGCUGCCAACAAGCAGCUUGCGGGGGCGAACCUGAACCAGGACCACCGGUUCGCGCUCCCGUUUCAGGGCAGGAACGACAAGCGCGAGAAGCGCACCUUGGUGCAGCCUGGCCGGUUUCUGGUUCCCAUGGAGGAGGAGAGCUACCAGAAGGUGAUGGACAUCUGGCGGACGGCACCCCUGUUGCGGAAGCCCUUGGCGGAGGAGUCGGUGUUGCUGGCCACCCGGGACAUGCUAAGACCAGCCGCGGCGAUUGCCGACAAGUUAUAG